GCCUCGCGGAAACUGUUGUUGGUAGACGUCUGUAGUUUAGCUCCAGAAACAGAACAUUUGUACAGUUAAAUCAACUAUUGUAUGUUUGUAAUAGCUGGUCACAAUGGGGAAAGCAGAUUUUCUCUCGCCGAAAGCAAUAAGUAACCGGAUAAAGUCCAAAGGUCUCCAGAAGUUGCGGUGGUAUUGUCAAAUGUGUCAAAAACAAUGUCGAGACGAGAAUGGAUUUAAAUGUCACUGCAUGUCCGAGUCCCAUCAGAGGCAGCUGCUGCUGGCCUCAGAAAACCCAACCAAGUUCAUGGACUAUUUUUCAGAUGAGUUCAAAAACGACUUUGUGGAGCUGCUCAGGAGACGUUUUGGGACCAAGAGAGUGCACAACAACAUUGUCUAUAAUGAGUACAUCAGUGAUCGGGAACACGUCCAUAUGAACUCCACUCAGUGGGAGACACUGACUGACUUCACCAAGUGGCUGGGCAGAGAAGGUUUGUGUAAAGUUGAUGAGACUCCUAAAGGCUGGUACAUCCAGUACAUUGACCGUGACCCUGAGACCAUCCGCCGGCAAGAGGAGCAGGCGAGGAAAAAGAAGCAGGAUCUAGACGAUGAGGAGAGGAGUGCCCGUUUCAUCGAGGAGCAGGUCCGCAGAGGCCGCGGCGGCAAGGAGCUGGAUGAAACCCCAGUUUACACUGAGCUAAAACGAGAGACUGAAGAAGAAAAAGUUGCUUUCAACCUUGGUGCCAGCUCAUCUGUUGCUGGCCCUUCCAGAUCGAGUUCUGUCAUAGGCAAAAGUGCUCUGUCUGCCUCAGGAUCGACCGCAACCAAGAGGAAAGAUAUGUUCCCCAGUUCAGACUCUAAGGAGAAGAAGAAGAAGUCUGCUCUGGAGGAGAUUAAAGAGAUGGAAGAGAAGAGGAAGCAGCAGCAGUCGGUCAGAACAGACUACUGGUUGCAGCCUAAUAUCGUGGUUAAAGUUGUCACCACAAGACUGGGUGAGAGGUACCACAAGAAGAAGGCUGUCGUCAUGGAAGUGCGGGACAAAUAUGCAGGCGUGGUGAAGAUGAUUGACUCUGGAGACAAACUGAAACUGGACCAGAAUCACGUAGAGACCGUCAUCCCUGCACCAGGUAAACGGGUUUUGAUCCUCAAUGGUCCAUAUAGAGACACUGAAGCUGUGUUAGAAGGAAUAGACGAGAAAAAGUUCUGCGCUAACCUCACGCUCGACUCUGGUAAAUACAAAGGGCAAAGAGUGGAAGUCGCCUACGAGGAUUUCUCCAAACUGGCCUGAUGGUUUCUGAUCUGUCCGAAUUACUCCCCUUUCAUUCACCUGUACAUACACGUCCCACAUGUGCUUUUCCAGAGACUUUAUCACAGAGAAACUGAGAGAAAUAUGUUCAAUUAGGUUUUUUAUUUUGUAUUAAUGUUCAAGAUGUACAAUUUGUCUGAAUAAAUUCAACAAAAAGGC